GAGCGGCUCCCAUCGCAACCUGCUCGAACACUCUCCUCCUUCCUUUACCCCCCGCUUUCCCUCUCUCUCGCUCGAUUGUGAGAGCUCAGUGGACGGAGAAGAUGGCCGGAAAGCUUAUGCACGCUGUCCAGUAUGAAUCCUACGGCGGAGGUGCCGCUGGCUUAAAGCAUGUGGAAGUACCAGUUCCCGCACCGAAGAAAGAUGAAGUUUUGCUCAAAGUCGAAGCAACUAGUCUUAACCCCGUUGAUUGGAAAAUACAGAAGGGCUUGCUUAGACCCUUGAUGCCCCGUAAAUUCCCUCAUAUACCAGCCACUGAUGUAGCUGGGGAGGUCGUAGAGGUUGGAUCAGUAGUAAAGAAUUUCAAACUAGGGGACAAAGUUGUUGCAUUGUUCAGCCAUCUUGGAGGAGGUGGGCUUGCUGAAUUUGGCGUUGCAAAGGAGUCCCUCACUGUUGCACGGCCCCCGGAGCUGAAUGCCCGUGAAGCAGCUAGUCUGCCCGUGGCUGGCCUCACAGCCCACCAGGCUCUGACAGGGCCUGCUGGAGUCAAGCUUGAUGGGAGUAGGGAUGGCCCCCCAAUAAACAUCCUCAUCACUGCAGCUUCUGGCGGGGUCGGCCACUAUGCUGUCCAGCUGGCCAAGCUUGGGAACACCCACGUGACUGCUACUUGUGGGGCCCGCAACCUCGAGUUCGUCAAAAGCCUCGGGGCCGACGAGGUCCUUGACUACAAAACCCCUGAUGGUGCUGCCCUGAGGAGCCCAUCGGGCAAGAAGUAUGAUGCGGUGGUCCACUGUGCUAUGGGGAUCCCGUGGUCGACUUUCGAGCCCAACCUGAGUGAAAACGGAAAGGUUAUUGAUAUGACACCUGGGCCCAGUGCCAUGUGGACCUUCGCCCUCAAGAAGCUCACCUUCUCGAAGAAACAGCUGGUUCCUUUGCUGAUGAUACCAAAAGCCGAGAACUUGGAGUUCUUGGUGAGGCUCGUGAAGGAAGGGAAGCUGAAGACUGUUAUCGACUCUGUGCACCCGCUGAGCAGAGCAGAGGAUGCCUGGUCUAAGAGCAUCGAUGGGCAUGCCACUGGGAAGAUCGUCAUCGAGCCCUAAGAUGAUAUUCAGUAAGGAGUUUCCAUUGUUAUUUUGCAAUAAUAAAAGGAGUCUCGUGAAUAUUCUGAGACCAUUGCCCAAAUGGAGGUCUGAAGCUGUGUCAGAUGACAAAUCUUAGCUUCAAAGCAAAGCUAUUGGUGUCUUUGUGUCUGUAAAUCAAGUAAAAGCCUAUAAUUAUAUAGAGAUCUUAUAUGUGAAUAUUUUGUAUACGUUUCGAAUGCUUAUUCAACUUUUCUUAAGUGUAUAUGUUAUUAGAAGUA